AUGAAAACUUUUCAGAUUAUCUUCUACGAGGACAAAAACUUCCAGGGCCGCUCCUAUGAGUGCAGUUCUGACUGCUCUGACCUGUCCUCAUAUUUUAGCCAUUGUAACUCGAUCCGAGUGGAGAGUGGAAACUGGAUCCUCUAUGAGCAUUCCAACUUCAAGGGAUAUCAAUAUUAUCUGAGGAGAGGAGAAUAUCCUGAUUUCCAGCAAUGGUUGGGCUUUAAUGACUCAGUUAGAUCCUGUCACCUAACUGCUCAGCACCGAGGUCCUUUCAUCAUUAAGAUUUAUGAAAAAGAAGACUUCAGGGGACAAAUGAUAGAGUUUACUGAGGACUGUCAAUGUGUCUAUGAGAAGUUCCAUCAUCAUGAUAUCCACUCAUGCAAUGUCAUUGAUGGUCACUGGAUGUUCUAUGAGGAGCCUAAUUACAAAGGACGUCAAUAUUACCUGAAACCUGGAGAGUACAGGAGAUACACCAACUGGGGAGCCAACAGCUCAAGAGUAGGAUCAUUCAGGCGUUUAUCAAACCCCAAGUGA